AAGAGCUCUGGAAAGAGAUUCGACCACAAAGCCCAGCACCUGACACCACCUAGAAGAUCUUCAUUCACCAUGAGGCGGUCACUCAUGUCUGUCAUUGUUGCUGUAGCACUCUUAUUCGACUGCGAUGCACUGUCGGUGUCAUUACCCUUGGGCAAACCUGAAGACAGCUCCUUGGAGCAGGAUACUUUUGUCUCACUGCUGAGCGAUGAGGCGACAGAAAAUGGCCUCAGGGAUGCAGAUGUGGCCACAAUGACCAAAACCCCAGGACCAAGGGUAAUCAUUGUCGCCGAGCCAAGCCUGCGGAGGGACCUGCGGGUGAUGCACAAUGGGCUUUCCUUCUCCAAGCGAAGAGCUGACGACAACAGCCAGGUCACUGAGCACAGAGAUGCCAGCCAGGACUUGAACAUCCCCAUUCUGAGGAGGGACACCAUGAGGUGCAUGGUUGGACGGGUGUAUCGGCCAUGCUGGGAAGUCUAGCGCAGUUUGCUCUGCUCGUCAGUGCCAAAACAGAGGACCACCACGCUUUCUGCUUCACACAGAGCUGUAAUAUAACCCAAAUAUUGUGUUUCUAUAUUUAAAUUAUGGCAUAUCUGAGAAUAAAAAUAAUUUAA